AAAACUCCAGAGUGUCGUCACUACACUGGGACAGGCGCUUGCUUUGCCCUUGCGUGGGAAAUGAAUGCCAUUUCAGUUUUUCGAUCAGUUGUUGUGCUUAGAUUAAAGUAGAUUUCCUCUGCGCCGCCAUGUCUCUUGCUGCAGAGGCUUUCGUCUCUCAGAUUGCAGCUGCUGAGCCAUGGCCUGAAAAUGCAACUCUGUACCAACCUCUUAAGGAGGAUCAAAUCUUGCUAUCAGAUUCUGCAUCCUCUCUGGCCGUUCAGACUUUUCUGAGGAUGUGUGGCCUGCCAGUGCUGGUGUCCUGCCGUGCCAAUGCUGAAUACAUGUCACCUUCAGGGAAGGUUCCUUUCAUCCACGUUGGAAAUCAAGUUGUGUCAGAAUUGGGGCUAAUUGUUCAGUUCACAAAGGCAAAGGGUCAUUCUUUGAGUGACGGGUUGGAUGAUGUCCAGAGGGCAGAGAUGAAGGCUUACAUGGAGUUGGUCAAUAACAUGCUGCUGACUGCAGAGUUGUAUAUCCAGUGGUGUGAUGACUAUACUGCUACAGAGAUCUCUAGGCCACGAUACAGUAGUCCCUAUUCUUGGCCCCUCAAUCACAUUCUGGCCUAUCAGAAGCAGUGGGAGGUACGGAGGAAGAUGAAUGCGAUUGGAUGGUCUGGAAAGAGUCUGGAGCAGGUGUAUGAAGAUGUGAGUCAGUGCUGUCAGGCCUUGUCACAGCGAUUGGGAACACAGCCCUACUUUUUCAACAAACAGCCAACUGAACUAGCCAUGUUUCUGAAUGACAGAACCUAG